AAAAAAUCCUUUCUUUCAAAUUGAACAGCACCAUCCCACAUUUCCAAUCAAAUACUCAUCACCUCUCUUAUUUUUAUCAGAAGUCAAACCAUGGCCAGCAUGAUCAUGGCCUCCUUGAAAGCUAUAAUCCCCAUUACAGCUUCCCUCCCUUCCAAACCCAAACACCAGCAAAUCCCUCAACUUCCUCCAAAAAUCCCCACUCCAAAAUUCUUAAAGUCCCAACAAAUCCUAUCACUCUCUUCCUCCACUCUCAAAUCCAUCUCCCUCUUUACAGUCACCUCUUUAUCCUUUGCCCCUCCUUCUCUUGCUGAAGAAAUAGAAAAGGCUGCUCUUUUUGACUUCAACUUAACUCUUCCAAUUAUGAUGGUUCAAUUCUUGCUUCUCAUGUUUGCACUGGACAAGAUCUACUUUACCCCACUUGGGAAAUUCAUGGAUGAGAGAGAUGCUGCCAUAAAAGAGAAACUUGCCAGUGUUAAGGACACCUCUGAGGAAGUGAAGCAGCUUGAUGAGCAAGCUGCAGCUAUCAUGAAAGCUGCAAGAGCUGAAAUUUCGGCUGCUUUGAACAAGAUGAAGAAAGAGACUCAGUUGGAAGUGGAGCAGAAACUGGAUGAAGGAAGGAAGAAAGUUGAGGCUGAGCUAGAGGAAGCUUUGGCUAAUUUGGAGAAACAAAAGGAAGAGACUAUCAAGGCACUUGAUUCCCAGGUUGAUGCUCUCAGUCAGGAGAUUGUCAAGAAGGUGCUUCCUCUCUAAAAUCAUCUUUUUUAUUCCCAUUCUGUAUUUGGUUUAAUUUUGAGUCUAAAUGUUUAUAUAAUUUUGAUAUGUAAUCAUAAAAUGAACGUAAAACAAGGGACAACUUUGUGUACUUAUUGAACCCCUUCUUAAUUCUUUUUGUUUCUUUUCUUUUAUAAGAAAAUUUCUCUGACAGAGUGGAUGGGUGAGAAGCACCAGUUUUUCAGGUUUCAAACUUCUGUACGAUGAUAGAAAGUCAGAAACUUUAAAAACUGAGAUGGGUUUAUGUCCAUCUGCUUGCUUUAUAUUGUGAUAUAAUAGAGUUCUUCUAGUGAUAAUCAUUUGAGUUUUGACUGGUGGUUUAAAUUCAUCU